AUGACGGCUGACUAUGUACGGCUGAAAGAGCAUGUGAAAAAGAUACAAGCCUCGUUCCAGGGCACACCAAUUACAAAAAUACACACACGAGCUCGAGUCCACAGCUACUUCCUUUCUCCAGAGAUCCUGGAAUUGGAGACGCGUCUGCAGGGAAACAUCGGCAAGAUCGACAUUGUGCUUUGUAUGAUCGCUGAGUAUGUCUUGGAUAAUGGCCUAUUGAGGCUCUCCACUAAUACAGAUGCUUCAACAGGAUCGGCUUCGGAAUCAAGGACAUAUGCUUUGAUCACACUUCACAAAGUGUUGACUCCAACUCUGCGACUCAUCAGCAGGAACUCCGAGCUGUUCGUUCAUCCACGUCUAGGACCGAAACCGAUCUCUUGCGACAAGCUGUAUAGCGUGGAAUACAACACCGGCUACGAUAUAUCUCGACUCGAUUGGAGAUGGUCCCUCAUGGCUGUAACUAUUCAUUUCGAGAAUGCAAUUUGCAAAAUGCUAGCUUCAACCGGGCUAACAUCAGGCUCACAGGCCUUUGGUCCCGGCUUCCGAGAUCCGUUAGACAUCUAG